AUGGACCCUUUUUCCCUUCACGCUCCCGGGUUUGUUAACCUAUUAGCUUCGCAGAGCAGUAGUCCAAUAGACGUUGACUCUGCUGAGGCUGCUGUUAACUCACCCGGGUUAGUUAAACCAGCGGAAAGGAGAAAGUGGUCAACCAAAGAAGACCUUGUACUGAUUAGUGUUUGGUUAAACACCAGCAAAGAUCCGAUAGUUAGUAAUGAACAGAAGUUAGGGGCUUUUUGGAAGAGAAUUGAGGCGUAUUUCAAUUCUAGUCCUCAGCUCAUUGGCUCCCUUCCUCGAGAGUGGGGUCAAUGUAAGCAGAGGUGGGGAAGGGUGAAUGCAGAGGUCUGCAGGUUUGUGGGUUCCCAUGAAACCGCUCUGAAGGAGCAAGCGAGUGGGCAAAGUGAAAAUGAUGUCAUGAAGACUGCGCAUGACAUCUAUUUCAAUGACUACAAUGUCAAGAGAGUCAAGCAGAAGUUCAAAGGUGACAAGCAGAGAAAGUAUUCAAGCUGGUGA